AUGCAUCGUAGAAAUAAUUACAUGGAAAUAAGCAAGAACUGGAUUCUGGAAAAUAAACAAGAUUAUUAACGAGUUUUGAUAUAUCGUACAUUUAAUUCAACAAAUUAUCAAGAAAGGUUGAAGAAUACAACACAUGAUUAUUAACUAGACGUACAUAAAUUGUGUAAUGACUGAUUGUUACCAUGGCGGCCGAGGAUCGUGACACAGUCAUUGAAAAAGAACUGGAUGAAAUAAAGAGUAGGGCUCCAUCUAUUGAUGGACUAAAAUUAAUCGCAUGUGUUCCGAUGUUGGUCUCGGCCAGCAUUACUAAAAAUGAAUAUAAACAGUUAACAGCUAAUAUACAGUUUCCAGCUGACUAUCCCCGUGAACCCAUUUUAGUACAAAUGAAAUCUAAACACCUCGAACAGAAAUUUACUGAUAAACUGGAGAAGAUCUGUGAAGAGGAGGCCAAAAAAUGGAUUGGGGGCCGUCAGGUGCUUGUGUUAUUGAAGUUUAUUCGGACAUUUUUAGAGGAGAAUUCAUUGUGUGUUUGUAGUGAAGAGAUUGUAUAUAUUAAACGUGAAUUGAUCGGUGAAUCGGACGAAAUCAAACUCAAACAAAAAGCGUCACAAAUUGUGAUAAAAGUCAGACAGAAAAACUAUUUUAUGAAUCUAAAUAUAAGUGUACCAGAUCUCUACCCAAAACAUCAGAUACAAACUGAAUUAAUCGAUACAAACUUACCUGAUCUACUAAAAAUAAAUUUUAUGGCUCAAGCGAAAGAAUUAGCAAGACAAUGUGUUACUCCUCCGUUAUUAAAACAUUCAAAAUCAGGUGCCGUAUUCGAACAUAAACCCUCAUUAAAAGUUGUUUGUAAUUAUUUGAUACGUGACUGUGUCAAGAGAUAUCCACUUGAAAACUGUCCACUGUGUAAAAAACAUGUUUUAGCUGAAGAUCCUGAGAAUCAACUGAAAGGUCGGAAAAAUCAAAUAGAGAGAGUUUAUUGUGGUCAUCUUUUUCAUAAUGGUUGUUUAGAUGUGUACAUGAAAACACCUCCAUUUAUAGGAGGUAAAAAAUGUCCUUCCUGUGAUAAACGAAUUUAUCAUGAAAAAUGGAAAGUGUCCGCUGAAGUAAUGGAGAACAGAUGGGCACAUAAACAAGCUAAACAAAGAGAACUAGAAGAAGUUGUAGAUUUCUUAAAAGAUUGAAAAAAUUUAUAAUACACUUCUACCAAAUACUUAAAAUUUACUAACAAAAAUAUUUAUUUACAUUUUAUUCAAUGCCUCUGACAUUUGAGAGAUUGAGGAAUUGUAAAAAUUGAAUCUCUGAAAGGCUUAUCAGUCCAUAAACUUCUGUUGAGUAAUUACAAAGAUAUGAUGAAUAUAAAAAUUUGUCAAUAUUCGGAGUCCUCUACAGAUGAUAUAAAUGGGAUAUUAUCAAAGUCAAGGCCACCUGUGAUCUUCGUUAAAAUCUUCUGAUUGCUCUCUGUUUAAUCGAACUCGGGAGAUUUUUUAACGUUAAUUCAAUCUGAUUAAAACACAGAUCCAAUUUUGUUUCGUUUUUAUAGUUUUAAAUUUCGAUUUUACUUGUCUUUACUACACUUGGAUCUGGAAGCGUUGUUAUUUAACUCAUGUUCUGCUUGAAAUGAGAGGUCAGCCAAUCAAAUGGUCUGUCGAAUCGAGCGUUUGACCUUUUUUGCACGGAACUGUGGGUAGACAUUAGCGGCAAUAGAAAUCAAAACAAAACAAAAGUAGAUAAGAAAUACAUGGCGGUUGUUAAUUGAAUGACUGACGUAAUCGGGUCAAAUGUGGCUUGCUUGGUACCUGACGUCAUAGAACGUGAACUCCCGCUAUAACUUGUUAGAUCUACAUGUAGUGUAGGCUAUCGAAAGUAUAAAAAACGAAACGAAAUAUAGAUCUAUAUUUUAAUUAGAUUGACGUUAAUUUUGCUUUUUUUAAAGAUGCACUAUAUAAGAUUUAGAUAAAGAGCUGAUAGUUCUCGCUAUAAUAGUUCUCGUUGCUUGUAGUGAGCCUAUAGGAGGCAUGAAUCAAGCCCUUGUCUAUGUUUUAAAAACAUUUUUAUAACCUGACACCUAUCUUACAAAUUAUAAAUAGUAUUUAUUAGUUAAUAAACCAAUGUAAUAUUGUU